AUGUCGGGUUAUAACUUUAAGACCAUUACGGUGGUUCCUUCUUAUAAGGAUUUUAUUGAUAUUGUUCUGUCGAAAACGCAACGAACAACUCCAACGGUUAUUCACAAGCAAUAUCCCAUGCCCCGUAUUAGAGCCUUUUAUAUGCGAAAGGUUAAAACAUGUCAACAAUACUUCCAUGAUAAAUUAAAUACCAUCUUAACUGAGUUUCCCAUGCUUGAAAACAUCCAUCCUUUUUAUGCCGACUUAAUUGGUCUCCUCUAUUCAAGGGACCACUUUAAAUUGGCCUUAAGCGAGAUUAACAAAGCAAAAACUCUCAUUGAUGGUAUUGGUCGUGAUCAGGUCAAGUUGAUAAAAUAUGGCGCCACUCUCUACCAGUGCAAAACACUAAAGCGUACGGCUUUUGGAAGAAUGUGUACCAUUAUCAAGCGAAAUCAGAACAACUUGAAAUAUCUCGAAGAAAUCCGGCAGCACAUGUCACGCUUACCGUGCAUUGUUCCUGACACGCGUACUCUUGUUAUUUGUGGCUUCCCAAAUGUCGGAAAGUCUAGUUUUAUUAACAAGAUUACUCGUGCUGAUGUAGAUGUUCAGCCUUUCCCUUUCACUACGAAAAUGAUCUUUGCUGGACACACUGACUACAAGAAUCUUCGUUGGCAAGUUAUCGACACUCCUGGUGUUCUUGAUCGUGAAUUGGAUCAAUGCAAUACCAUUGAAAUGACAGCUAUCACAGUCUUGUCACAUCUACCUGCUUCGGUCAUUUACAUCAUGGAUCCGUCCGAGCAUUGUGGCUUUUCGCUUGAAGAACAAAUUCACUUAUUCAAAACUUUGGAACCUUUGAUGUCAAAUAAGCCUGUUUUGGUUGUUGCUAAUAAGACUGAUGUUGUCAGUUUUGAUUCUCUACCAGCAGAGAAAAAAGAGCUUAUAUUGUCUAUUUGUCGAUUACCCGGAGAUGAGAUGGCAAAUGUGGAUAAGCCCGUCUUUAUGGAAAUGUCAACGUUACUUGGCGAUGGAGUAAUGGAGGUUCGAGCACGAGCCUGUGAUGAAUUGCUUGUCCGUCGUGUUGAAGCAAAGCUGCGAGCUGGAGCAGCUAGUCUAAGAGAAGGCUCGAUUGCCAACCGCCUCUAUAUCGCUCAACCCAAGAGUAUUACCGCCGACAGACCGCCCCAGAUUCCGGAGAGCAUUAUACGCAAACGAGGCAUGAAACGCACCGCUGCAGAAGCAGUCCUAUCUACUCCGAUGGAUAUUGAUUCUUCUGAUGCUCCACCGGCCAAGAAGUCCAUGACGCUUCGUGAAAGAGAGCUAGCUGAAGGUGAUGAAUUCUAUCUUAAUUUACGCGAUGAAUGGUUAUUGAAAAAUCCAAAAGAGCGCAAUGACAUCAUUCCUGAGAUUAUCGAGGGCCACAACAUAUUUGAUUACUUCGAUCCAGAUAUCGAAGCUAAAUUGAAUCAACUUGAAGAACAGGAGAAACAGCUUGAAGCAGCUGGUGUGUAUGAUGAGGAGGAUGAUCCCGAUUUAACGGAUCCGAGAAUGCAAAAGAUUAGGGCAACCGCUGCGAAAAUCCGAGAGGCUAAAGCUCUUCGUAUCUUAGAAUCCCAGUCUCGGAAAAACAAAUCCAAGAGUCGUAUCUCAAGAGCUGAGCAGGGUGUAUCUGGCAAACAGAUGGAGAAGGAACUUGGCAGGCUUGGUUUACCUGUUGAUGCCAGUGAUGUGGUUGAUCGAAGCCGUUCUCUCAAGAAUGCGGCAUCUAGACGUCGCGAGGCUUCAGCAUCUUUGGCCAGAAGUAAAUCUCUUCACGAGGCUGCUGUUGCGCGUAGUGCUCGACCCCGAGCUCGUUCUGGUGUUCGGGAUGCUGCCAUGGAAGCAAAAGUUGUUAGACGCGCUAAAAUUGAUUCUGCUCGUCUUAUUGGAGCAAAGGCACGAAAGGGUGAAGGUGAUCAUCAUAUUCCCGAUCUUAAACCCAAACAUCUUUUCUCUGGCAAGCGACCUAUUGGCAAAACCCAACGUCGUUAA